UUAAAGAUAAAAGGCAGAGUUUGAAAUGGAAGUAUCCAACCAGUCUACUGUGACAGAAUUUGUCCUGUUGGGCCUCUCUGAACAUCCCAAAUUAGAGAAGACUCUCUUCGUGCUCACCCUACUGAUGUACCUGGUGAUCCUGCUGGGCAACGGAGUGCUCAUCCUGGUGACCAUCCUGGACUCCCACCUGCACACGCCCAUGUACUUCUUCCUGGGGAACCUCUCCUUCCUGGACAUCUGCUACACCACCUCCUCAGUCCCCCUCGUUCUCGACAGCUUCCUGAACCCCAGGAAGACCAUCUCCUUCUCAGCCUGUGCUGUGCAGAUGUUUCUUUCCUAUGCCAUGGGAUCUACAGAGUGUGUGCUCCUGGGCAUGAUGGCGUUUGACCGUUACAUAGCCAUCUGCAACCCGCUCAGGUACCCUGUGGUCAUGAGCAAGACUGUCUAUGUGCCCAUGUCUGCCAGCUCCUGGGCUGCCGGCAUCGCUGUCUCUCUGGUUCAAAUAUCUCUUGUUAUAAAGCUGCCCUUCUGUGGGGACAACGUCAUCAAUCACUUCACCUGUGAGAUCCUAGCAGUCCUGAAACUGGCCUGUGCUGACAUCUCCCUCAAUGUCAUCAUCAUGGCUGUUACAAAUAUGAUCUAUCUGGGAGCCCCCAUUCUCUUUAUUUCUUUCUCUUACAUCCUCAUUCUUGUCACCAUCCUGAGGAUUCCUUCUGCUGAGGGGAGGAAGAAGGCCUUCUCCACCUGCUCUGCCCACCUCACUGUGGUGAUCAUCUUCUAUGGGACCAUCCUCUUCAUGUAUGGGAAGCCCAAGUCCAAGGACCCCCUAGGGGCAGACAAACAGGACCUUGCAGACAAACUCAUCUCCCUCUUCUAUGGGGUGGUGACCCCCAUGUUGAACCCCAUCAUCUACAGCCUGAGGAACAAGGAUGUUAAGGCUGCUGUGAGGGACCUGGCAAGUCACAGAUGCCUCCCCCAGUAA